AUGUUAUCCGCAACUUUAACUGAAAAAGUACUGUCUCGUCUCAAGGAUUGGAAAUUGGGGAUACGGCCGUCCGGUGAAUUAGCAGACUUUCCGUGCUUUGUACAGACCGAUAUCCCGAGAAUCACGCCUCUUAUCGAAGAUCAAUCUUGCGCAUGGAUUGUCACUCAGAGUGCGUGGACCGCCAAUCUGGUAUCCUGUGGUGUACUUUGGACCAUGAACAAUGAUAGCACUAUGCGUGCAUUUUCCGAGUGUCAGAUGAUGUUCCAUCCUCGAUUAUCUGAUCCACAUCAUAAAGUGGUGCAUUUACUGCACUUUGAUACGCAUGCUUGGUUUCCCAUCAACCGUAUUCUCAGGCCUACAGUGAAGUGCCAGUCGGCCAUUGAAUCCGCUUUGGCUAAUUUGCCGGAUCAGGAAGAGACAUGGAAAGCGUUAUGCAGAGUGUGGCACGAGUUUGGUUUCUUUUGGCCACAAAAAAUUGUCCUGGGUCAGCGUGUCCACAUCAAGGUGCCGUAUCAGCUCACCUCGGAAAAAGAGCGCUUAUAUCGGCUAAAGAUUGCCAAAGAUGAAGCCUUUAUCGAAUUUCAACGACAAAAAGGCAAACUGGAAAUGAACAAAGAGAAGCCUCUAAAAGAAGGACCGAAAGAUGACGCCUUGCUGCAGCAUGCUUCCACCACAUGGACCAUUAUCAAACGAGACGAUAUAUUACCUAUCCACGAAUUUCUUUCUACCAAGUUGCGAGAUCAGAUCGUGCAAGUCAUCUAUCAGCGAUUUCAUCGUAUUCCCCUCCAAUACCCGUUUAAGCUCCGCAAUUUACACACAACGGGUUAUCUCAGUUGGCGACUGAAUACGAAAAAGAAGGCGAAACAGGCACCAUCUGAUACCGAUCAGUUUCUAUUUGGUUCGCUUCCUUUGGAAUCUAUGCGACCAACACAGAGCCAGUACCUUUGGCGAUUUACAUUUGAUGCGUCACAAAGGGUACCGUCGUUCAUUAAUUUGGACGCUGCCACGUAUCAGUCGCAUUACCUUCGAUGUGGUACCCGGAUCUAUCUAUCACCGGCCUGUGACACUCCUUGCUAUCUGCGUAGACAUGAUUCCUCUGUGAUGCUCGAUAAUACUUCGCCGAUCAGCCAUAUAUUACCCAGUCAUCGCAUGAUCUUGACGAGGUUACCCCUACCGAAAGAUGCAGAUCGGAGCAACACAGCGUCCCGUGUAAGAGCGGUGUCGCUUGUCAGCACGGACGGUCUUGAGCAUAAUUCGAGCUACGACAUUUCGCAGGACUGGACCAUCGAAAUGCCCGGGCUGGGGCUUGGACGUGACGACGAUGCAUCGACGGACGAGCGGUUGAAUAUUGAUAUUCAAAUAGGUCGCCUAAAACCCAUCAUCGACGGAGACAUUAUCGCUUUGAGACAAUUGCUUUACCUGUGUUCGGUAGCCAACAUUGGCAAUGGGCAUCGUCACGGCUGGGAAACUAAUAGUUUAUCACCAACAGCAUGGAAUCCCGAGCCCAGUCAGUCACCACGACAAAAAAACAUCAACCCGAAUGACGUCCAUCACCCGGUGUUGGCAAAGGAACACGCUCUUGUAAGCUCACCCACGGAACAAUGUUGGGUCAUUGAGCUGGCCACGGCUGCGGAUCUGGAGAGGCAUCCAUUCUAUGCGCCAACCUCUUCAAAAGAAAUUGACUUGCAUGCAUCGAUAUCAGGCAAUACAUCCACGAACGACGUGAACGAUCCAAAUCUGUCCAACGUUCGAACCCUUAUAUCCAUGGCUUAUCCCCGUCUUAAAGCUGCAGCCAGUGUUGAAAGUCUGCGUCCCAGUGUGAAGUCAGUCCGGAAAGUACAAUCAAUGGAUUCUAUUCUGACAACUCCGUACGCCAGUCUCUCCAUCGAUAACAUGUUCACUCCCAAUAAUUUAUCAAUGUCAGAAUCCACUGCGCAAGAAUCUUUGACUGACAUGAAGAGUAAACAACCUCCCGUUAUUGCAACAACAACGCCGUUACCGGCCUCCGUCAUCGGUAGACCAGCUCCUGUGGACGUCUCUCCGGUGAUCAAGUUCGAUGUAAACGACAUGGAUGUGGUAGCCAACGCGCGAGCACAACCCUACUUGAAAUUCUAUGCAGCCCAGCAAAAUACAAUGACAUGGUCUCAGUUGGUGCGCAAUGCAAGCUUAACGAAAUUACGUCGUCUUGUACAUCCCAAGUCGGGAGCUAAUCAUAAGAUCAAACGAUAA